CUGCCUCUUUUCUUCUUGCUCAGCCUCGGACGCAAUGGCCGCCGUUGGUCUUCUCGGCGUGCGUCCAGCUCCGGCGACCGGCCGCCUUGAGAGGCAGGCGAGGGCUUCACCUGACGCGGUUAGCUGGGGCUGGCGUGCCCGCGCGCGCCCCCUUCGGUCCGUUCCGCCGCCCGGGCGAGCGGGGAGGGGCGGGGCAAGGGCGGCGAGGCCCUUGCGCGCCGCGAUGGGCGGCGGCGACCUGUACGCCCUCGACUUCGACGGCGUCUUCUGCGACAGCUGCGGCGAGAGCUCCCUCUCCGCCGUCAAGGCCGCCAAGGUGAGGUGGCCGUGGGCGUUUGAGCAGGUCGACGCCGCCAUGGAAGAGUGGAUAGUGGAGCAGAUGCACACCCUUCGUCCAGUGAUAGAAACAGGAUAUGAGAACCUGUUGCUUGUAAGGUUGCUUGUUGAGAUCCAGAUACCCUCUGCUCGAAAGUCAUCAGUUGCAGAUGGGCUUAGCAUCCAAGAAAUAUUGGACAACUGGUCAAAACUGUUGCCCACUCUCAUGGACGAGUGGCAAGAAGAUAGGGAAUCUCUUGUAGAUCUCUUUGGCCGUGUAAGGGAUGACUGGCUUGAAAAUGAUUUGUCUGGCUGGAUAGGUGCUAACAGGUUUUAUCCUGGGACGGCUGAUGCAUUAAAGCUUUCAAGCUCUGAACUUUACAUAGUCACAACAAAACAGAGUAGAUUUACUGGAGCACUACUUAAAGAAUUGGCUGGAGUAGAUUUUCCCUCUGAAAGGAUAUAUGGCCUUGGCACUGGUCCGAAGGUAAAAGUUCUCCAGCAGUUGCAGGAAAUGCCACAGCACCAAGGUCUUACACUUCAUUUCGUCGAGGACCGACUAGCAACUCUGAAGAACGUGAUAAAAGAACCAGCGCUGGACAAAUGGAACCUCUACCUGGUGAAAUGGGGAUACAACACGCAAGAAGAGAGGGAAGAAGCAGGGGCCAUAUCGAGGAUCCAGCUCAUCGAUCUCCCAGAUUUCAGUAAGCAGCUGAAAUAAGUAACUGGCAGACCUAGAUGCAGCCUUCGAAACUUUGUUUUUGUUGGACGCGCUCGUAAACAGCAACGGAUUUACUUGACUUUUAUUUAUUAUUGUUUGCAUAUUUGUGAAGUGGUUUAUUUCGUCAGUUCUCCUAGAGACUGACUUUACCAAGAUUUUUUACGAACUUA